AUGUCAAAAAUAUUCACGCCGACAAACCAGAUCAGGUUGACGAACAUUGCUGUUGUGAGGAUCAAGAAAACCGGGAAGCGGUUUGAGAUAGCUUGUUACAGGAACAAAGUUGUUUCUUGGAGAAAUAAUUUAGAAAAAGACAUCGAUGAAGUUCUCCAGACCCACACAGUGUUCUCCAACGUCUCUAAAGGUCAAGUAGCAAAAAAAGAAGACUUAAUCAAAGCCUUCGGCAAUGACAACCAGACAGAAAUCUGCAAAGAGAUCCUAGCUAAAGGCGAGCUCCAGGUCUCCGACAAAGAGCGUCAUUCCGCCUUGGACUCAUCCUUCAAAGAUAUCGCGACAAUAAUCACCGAGAAGUGCGUGAACCCGGACACAAAGCGUCCGUACCCGGUCUCGAUGAUCGAGAAGGCGCUGAAGGACAUCCACUUUUCAGUGAACCCGAACCACAACUCCAAGCAGCAGGCUCUGGAUGUCAUUCCCAAGCUGAAGAGCGUCCUGCCGCUAGAGCGGGCCAGGAUGCGAGUUAGGGUCAUUGUUACCAAUAAGAAUGCCAAGAAAUUGAGGGAGAAGAUGGACCCGCUGAUCAGCGAAGUUGAAAAUGAAACUUGGGAAGACGGAGCGCUGAAUUUAAUUUGUCUGAUUGACCCUGGGCAGUAUAGAGAGAUAGAGAAGAUGGUCAAGUCUGAAGCUAAAGGUGCUGGCACUGUUGAUCUUCUCGAUCUUAAGGAAGUUACUGAGGGAGAUAAGAAAUUGGAUUAA